CUCUCUCUGUCUGUCUCUCUCUCUAUCUUGUGUUUGCUGUAAUGUUAAUGCAUGUAUAGUAUAUGUAGAGCCAUUCAGCAAAAUAUGUAGAGCCUCCUUGCAAGGCAUUUCUCUCUUCCUUCAUCAUCACCUACCCCCUCUGAUAACUCCGUUAUUCCUUCUUCUCCUACUCCUUCCUCUUCUUCUUGUAAAUAGCACCGUCUCUGUUUCCAUUUGCUUGUAACUUGCUCAGCAUUUCUCCUGAGUUGAGUGUCAAUCUGCAGAACAGAAGUUUCUGCCGGGAAGUUUGAAUUUUGAGCUGAAAUUCGGGGACCCUUCUGCUGAACAAAGAAAUCCCAUGAAGGAAACAGUCCAAUGCCUGACAAUUGGGUUGCUGUGAAUGAGCUUAAGAGCUGGUAGUUGCCAAGCGGUUCAUUAGUUUCUUGGGGAGAGAGAUCAGGGUUUGAAUCCGAUUGACUUCCGGUGAGUAAUUGUGUCUUGAGCGCACAUUAGCAAUCACUCUUGCUGGCAGGAACUAGUGUUACUGUAUUUUAUGGCAACUGAUCUAAACACAGAACUUUCUAAGAAAUCUAUUCUCGGUCUCAAGGUGUGGGAAUUGGUGGCAAUCUUUUUCGGGGUCGUCAUCGUGGUAAUCCUCAUGGCAUUAUCGCUGUGCUUCAUUCCACGUAGGAAGUCAAGAAGGGAUAAAGAUGUUCUUCCUCUCACCCAGAUUCCAAAGGUCUCAAAGGAGAUCAAAGAGAUCGGCAUCGAUGAAGCUUCAGCAAACAACUUCAUCUCCCAUGAAGGUGUUAUUCUCGCACUUAAUGAGAAGUACAGCGACAAGGACUCGGAGAAGUCAGUCCAUCUGAAGAAUGGAGAUAAUUGCAGUCAGUCGGGUUCCUUUACCAAUCUCGAGAAGGAUAAUGCCGGGUCUCAAUUAGGAGAAGAUGGAAAGAAAGGGCGUGUCUCUGUUUCUGUUCAUAGGGCUUCCUUACACCCUGUAACUGCCCCUUCACCACUCUCAGGACUGCCAGAAUUCUCUCAGCUUGGAUGGGGCCACUGGUUCACCCUAAGAGAUCUGGAGAUUGCAACUGGCCGGUUUUCUAAGGAGAAUGUUAUUGGUGAGGGUGGAUAUGGGGUGGUAUACCGAGGAUAUCUUAUUAAUGGAACACCUGUGGCAGUAAAGAAACUCCUUAACAACUUAGGUCAAGCCGAGAAGGAGUUCAGGGUUGAAGUCGAGGCUAUUGGUCAUGUGCGGCAUAAGAACUUGGUUCGACUUCUUGGGUACUGCAUCGAGGGGACACAUAGGAUGUUGGUGUAUGAAUAUGUGAGCAACGGAAAUCUUGAGCAGUGGCUUCAUGGAGGGAUGUGCCAGCAUGAGUAUCUCACAUGGGAGGCUCGUUUGAAGGUUCUUCUGGGCACCGCUAAAGCGCUUGGUUACCUCCAUGAGGCAAUCGAGCCGAAGGUAGUCCACCGUGACAUCAAGUCUAGCAAUAUACUGAUUGAUGAGGACUUCAAUGCCAAGAUCUCUGACUUUGGACUGGCCAAAUUGCUUGGAGCUGGGAAGAGUCAUAUCACAACUAGAGUAAUGGGCACCUUUGGGUAUGUGGCUCCUGAAUAUGCUAACUCUGGCCUUCUAAAUGAGAAGAGUGACGUUUACAGUUUCGGGGUCGUGCUCUUAGAAGCGAUAACAGGACGUGAUCCUGUUGAUUAUGAGCGCCCUGCCCCUGAGGUGAACUUGGUGGACUGGCUCAAGAUGAUGGUUGGAAGCAGGCGUUCCGAAGAGGUAGUGGACCCCAACAUUGAGACCCGACCAUCGACAAGUGCCCUUAAACGAGCCCUUUUGACUGCUCUCAGAUGCCUCGACCCAGAUGCUGACAAGAGACCAAAGAUGAGUCAGGUGGUCCGGAUGCUCGAAUCAGAGGAGUACCCUAUUCCUCGCGAGGACCGAAGACGAAGGAGGAGUCAGACUGGGAACACUGAAACCCAGCCUCAGCAGGAGAAUUCUGAAACAAGUCAGGCUAGUAACGCGAGUCUGAGGUCAGGCACUAGAGUUAAUGCAGGACACAGGGAGAGGGGCUAAAGUGGUGGUCUCCACGGGAAGAUUUCUUCAGAGACUCGAGCUCGAUAAUAAUUCUUGCAUUUCUGCAAGUUCCCUUUUCCCAUAGUUGGGCCAGUCUCUCCCGUGUUAACACGUCAAAGAUCGAGGAACUGAUUUGAUGAAAAGCAAUUGGUGGAGGGUAAGUAGCACAGUCAUAUGAAUUCUUAUUUAAAUACAUACGUUUAGGUUCAAAAAGAAGAGUGGCAUGGUACUCUCCUUUACCACUGGGUUGUGUGUAUAGUCUCUCUUUUUUUUUAUUUUAUUAAUGAUUGAUUUUUUGUAUUUUUCUUUUUUAAUUUUCACUUUAUAAAGUAUAGGCUUUGUGAAGGAAUUGAGUUGUAAUGAUUUUCUCAAAGAUAUGUUGUGAAGUGAAAGGGGGGUUAGUGCUGUGAGCUGUGAUUGCUUUAGGAGGAAUUUCAUUGUCAUCAAUGAAUGAAUGGAAUGAAUGAAUACAAUUAUGUAUUGGUGCUCAA